AUGCCAGGGAUCGAUGUCAGCAUAACGUGUCAUGAGCUUAACAUCGAUCCGACUUACAGACCUGCCAAACAAAAAAGGCAGAAGCUAGGACCAGAGCGUGCCACCGCGGUAAAUGAGGAAGUCGAAAGACUCCUGAAGGUCGGAUCAAUAAUAGAAGUUAGGUAUCCAGAGUGGCUCCUUAACCCGGUCGUGGUCAAAAAGAAAAACGGCAAAUGGCGAGUAUGCGUCGAUUUUACCGAUCUCAACAAGGCCUGUCCAAAGGAUUGGUUCCCACUCCCGCACAUCAACCGACUGGUCGAAGCAACAGCAGGGAAAAAACUCUUAUCAUUUAUGGAUGCCUUCUCCGGGUACAAUCAGAUCAUGAUGAAUCCCGACGAUCGUGAGAAAACUGCUUUCAUCACCGAUCGGGGAACAUAUUGCUACAAAGUAAUGCCUUUCGGUCUCAAGAAUGCAGGUGCAACUUACCAGCGACUUGUCAAUCGAAUUUUCUCCGAACAGCUCGGCAAGACUAUGGAAGUAUAUAUCGAUGGCAUGCUCGUAAAGUCUCUUGACGAGCACGACCACGUCUCCCAUUUGGAGGAGUGCUUUGCAAAACUUAACGCCCACAACAUGAAAAUGAACCCUGCAAAGUGUAGAUUCGCGGUGGCAUCAGGAGAGUUUCUCGGGUACCUAGUCACGUGUCGUGGGAUCGAAGCAAAUCCUAAGCAGAUAAACGCGUUAAUAGAGAUGGUCUCGCCAAGGACGAAACGGGAAGUCCAAAGGCUAACCGGAAGAGUCGCGGCCUUGAACCGUUUCAUCUUGCGCUCGACGGAUAAGUGUCUACCUUUCUACGACACGCUCAAAGGGAAUAAGAAGUUUGAAUGGUCAGAGGAAUGUGAGAAAGCUUUCCAACAGCUAAAGCGUUACCUAGCCACUCCUCCCGUCCUCGCAAAACCAGUGGACGGAGAGCCCUUGUUCCUGUACAUCGCAGUCUCCACAACAGCGGUAAGCGGCGUUUUGAUUAGAGAGGAACGCGGUGAGCAAAAACCAAUCUUCUACAUAAGCAAAACGUUACUGGACGCUGAGACCCGGUAUCCCCUGAUGGAGAAACUAGCAUUCGCAGUUGUGACAUCGGCAAGGAAACUCCGGCCGUACUUUCAAUCGCAUACCAUAAUAAUCCUCACCACCUUCCCCCUACGAACGAUCUUGCACAGUCUGAGUCAGUCAGGACGACUCACAAAAUGGGCAAUCGAACUAAGCGAGUACGACGUGGAGUACCGCCCAAGAACCUGCGCAAAAUCUCAAGUACUAGCGGACUUCUUGGUAGAAUUGCCCACGGGGGAUAUGACAAACACGGAACCGGACUCAACGUGGAUCAUUCACAUCGACGGAUCAUCGUCCAAACAAGGAUCCGGGAUCGGAAUCCGGCUCACGUCUCCGACCGGCGAAGUCUUCGAACAAUCGUUCCGAUUGGAAUUCCAUGCGUCGAAUAACGAGGCCGAAUAUGAAGCACUCAUCGUAGAAUUACGAUUAGCCCAUGGGCUUAAGAUCCGCAACAUUAACGCUUACUGUGACUCUCAGUUAGUCGCAAAUCAGUACAGCGGAGAAUACGAAGCGACGGACGAAAGAAUGGAUGCAUAUCUAAAACUCAUCCAAGAUCUCUCCCGAGACUUCGACCACUUCGCCCUCACUAGGAUUCCUCGCUCGGAAAACACUCAGGCGGAUGCCUUGGCCGCACUCGCAUCAAGUUCGGAUUUUGGACUAAGACGAGUAAUCCCCGUCGAGUUCAUCGAACACCCAAGCAUCGGACCACCAGUGGUCGCCAAUCUGAUUCGAGCACAAAUCAAAAAUGCGGAGGAAGUCGAAGACCCACCACAAGAAAGCGUGGAUCAGUCGGAAUACGGCUGCGACAGCCCAUGGCUGGAGCCAAUCCGAGCAUACAUUAUCAACGGAACGCUUCCCACUGAGAAAUGGGCGGCCCGCAAAAUCAAGACCCAGGCCGCGCGAUGUGUAACGGUUGAAGGAGAAAUCUACAAAUGGACAUUCUCCGGCCCACUCAUGACCUGCGCCGAAGGCGAAAAAACAAGAAGAGCAAUGGAGGAGGUUCAUUCCGGAUCAUGUGGGAACCACUCCGGCGGAAGAUCUCUCGCCGUAAAAAUAAAACGCCAUGGUUAUUACUGGCCAACUAUGAUCAAAGACUGCGAGAAAUUCGCACGGAAGUGCGAGAAAUUCACACGGAAGUGCGAAAAAUGCCAAAGGCACGCGCCGACAAUCCAUCAACCCGCGGAAGUCCUCUCGUCCAUCUCGUCUCCGUAUCCCUUCAUGCGAUGGUCCAUGGAUAUCGUCGGGCCAUUACACAACUCGAAGCAGAAACGCUUCCUCCUGGUCCUCACGGAUUUCUUCUCAAAGUGGGUAGAGGCAGAUUCCUACGCAAGUAUCAAAGACGUACAAGUCGAGAACUUCGUAUGGAAGAACAUCAUCACCAGACACGGGGUCCCUUACAAAAUCGUGACAGACAACGGAUCUCAGUUCAUCUCUACCCGAUUCGAAGCAUUCUGCGAGAAGUGGAAGAUACGACUGACCAAGUCGACUCCCAGAUAUCCCCAGUGCAAUGGCCAGGCAGAGACCAUCAUCAAAACCGUCCUCGACGGGUUAAAAAAGCGCUUAGAAGCCAAAAAGGGGCGAUGGGCAGAAGAGCUCGAAGGAGUUCUUUGGUCGCAUCGUACGACCCCGAGACGGGCAACGGGUGAAACCCCAUUCGCCCUUGUUUACGGAACGGAAUGUAUGAUCCCCGCGGAAGUAGAAUUUCCCGGAGUAAGGAGAAUAUUCCUCCCCGAACGAGAAGAUCUUAACAGCGCAAUGCUGCUAGACGAACUCGAUCUUAUUAACGAGCGGUGA